CACGAAUGGCACUGAAACGGUCAAAGCGGUUCUUUACAUCAUCAUCAGGCGUAUAUUUGGACGCAUGAACGGGGAAGUAGGAGUGACACAUCAGCCACAUUCACAAGCAGGGGAUAUUGCCUGAAAACAUUAAUCAAGACAGCUGUCUAUAGCCCUCAUCAUGAUUCACAGCUUGUUCCUGAUAAACAAUGGUGGGGAUUUAUUCCUGGAGAAACACUGGAAGAGUGUCAUAAGCCGCUCUGUCUGCGACUAUUUUUUCGAAGCACGAGAAAAAGCGGUGGAACCUGACAAUGUGCCUCCUGUCAUCCGCACCCCUCAUCACUAUCUCAUAAACAUCUACCGCGAGAAGAUCUUCUUUGUUUCUGUCAUCCAAACAGAAGUGCCUCCACUUUUUGUAAUAGAAUUUCUGCAUCGAGUCGCAGAGACAUUUCAGGAUUAUUUUGGAGAAUGUUCUGAGACCACUAUCAAGGACAAUGUGGUCAUAGUCUAUGAGCUCUUGGAGGAAAUGUUGGAUAACGGCUUCCCCCUCGCCACAGAAUCCAACAUCUUGAAAGAACUUAUCAGACCUCCUACGAUCCUGCGGUCAGUGGUCAACACCAUCACAGGCAGUAGUAAUGUUGGCGAGACCCUCCCUACUGGUCAGCUCUCAACUAUCCCGUGGAGAAGAGCAGGUGUUAAAUAUACCAAUAAUGAGGCUUAUUUUGAUGUGGUGGAAGAAAUUGAUGCUAUUCUGGAUAAGUCUGGAACUACAGUUUUUGCAGAAAUCCAGGGAGUUAUUGAUGCUUGUGUCAAACUCUCUGGAAUGCCAGACCUUACUCUCUCAUUUAUGAACCCCAGACUCCUGGACGACGUGAGCUUUCAUCCGUGUGUCCGUUAUAAGAGAUGGGAAAGUGAGAGAGUUAUCUCCUUCAUUCCCCCCGAUGGAAACUUUCAGCUCAUGUCAUAUCACAUCAGUGCGCAGAACCUUGUAGCAAUCCCGGUAUAUGUGAAGCAGAACAUCAGUUUCUUUGAGACUGGACCCUCAGGAAGACUGGACAUCACUGUGGGUCCUAAGCAAACCAUGGGAAAGACUGUGGAGUGUUUGGUAGUGACUGUACACAUGCCUAAAGUGGUUCUCAGUGCCAACCUCAAUGCGACUCAGGGAACCUACAACUAUGACCCAGUCACAAAGAUUUUGGUGUGGGACAUAGGGAAACUUAAUCCCCAGAAGCUUCCCAAUCUGAAAGGAAGUCUAAGUCUGCAGUCUGGAGCUCCUAAACCAGAGGAGAACCCAAGUCUGAACAUUGACCUGAAAAUCCAGCAGUUAGCCAUCUCAGGAUUGAAAGUGAAUCGUCUAGACAUGUACGGAGAGAAAUAUAAACCAUUCAAGGGUGUGAAAUAUGUGACCAAAGCUGGGAAAUUUCAGGUCAGGACAUGAGGCCGGCUGCAGAGUAUCACAAUGAUAUGCCAAAAGUUUAUUAGAGGUGCCAUUUUCUAAGUGACAAAUCAUACAGAAUUGCAACCUUGUGCACAUUCUCUUAUUUUUUAAAACAUUGAAGAUACAUUUGUUAUUGUAAUAUUUAUCUUUCUUUGUUUUGUGGGAAGUAACUGGCAAUUUGCAAGAAGUGAACAUCUUUCCACUGCAGAGUAUUGGGAGAGUUUUUUCUUUUUGAAUCUUUAUCUUCAUAUCAGUAACAUUCCAUUAAUGUAUUAACUGUAUGAUGUUGGAUUUAAGGUACAGUACAUCUCUGCCAGGAACACUUAGAUUUGUGCCAUCAAAAACAAGGUUCUUUAUAUUAUAGUAACACUGCAUUUACAUGUUAAAGAUGGAACAUGUUAGCACAGAAAACAGCUGUUUUAGGUAGUGUGUGAUGCAAGAUAUUUUCUAAUCACAUUACUGCACUACAAUCUUUGAUAUUGGCACAAAACAAUACCUGAGAGUUUCUGCACAUACACACAGACCUUAUUUUUCAUAUACAUUUUUUGCCAUGUAAUUUCUUUUAGUCCAGUGGCCUUUGAAUGGGAAAAAAUGGCCUUUCUUUAAAAGCACAGCCAUGCUUAAAGCAGGACAUAUCUACAAUGAUGCUCUACUUAUCUACUAAACAAGCACAUCACUGCUCAGAGGUGAAUGGCACUUGUACCUGCUGAAAAGAGAAUUUACUCUUACACUCAAAGUUUGCCACAUACAAGCACUAUGGAGCCAUUAUGAGCACACGUGAUAAAAUCUGUUCUGUUGCGCUGACCUGCAGUGACACAGUAGAUAUGCAGGUCUGCCACUUUAAUGAAGCUUUGAGGAUUUGCACAAUCACAAAGAAAACACAACUGCAUUAUUUUAUAAAAUGUCAAGGGAACUGCUUAACUGCAUUUUAAGAUAUGUAUUUAAACCAAAAGCCUUCAGAUUUAUAAAGUUUCAAAACAAAAUGUGGUCUUUUUUGUGUGUCUGACUAAUAAUUGUUUAUUAUAGCUUAACAUGAAUAUACUUGAAAGUAUUAUAGUACAAUGAAUGUCUUGGAAGUUAAUAUCAAAGGAGAAUUUUGUGUAAUAAUUGAAGUGCAGUACCUUUUACAAAUGAGUCUGUAACUUGUCCCUUUAGUGACACAUCUGGGGAGAGAAGUUUCCAAACACCUAACAGAACUUUUUUAUUAAUCUGAGGCACAUAAGAUGUUUUUUUUCUAUGUGACACUGACAAAAAGUCAACAUUAGUGUCAUAUAUACAUUCACAAAGCAGUAUUUUCACUCUUUCUAAAUGUCAUCAGAACCCAAAACAUGCUAUUACACAUACAAAUACAGCCCUGUAAACUUUCACAACGAGGCACUAUAUUGGGGGCUGACAAGGUAAUCUUUCAAAUGUAUAUGUUAUAGAUAAGAGUUGUAAGUGAAUGCAAGGCAGUGAAGCAUCAUGAUAGUGUUUUACUGAAGCUGUACAGAGAAUUCGGAGUGCAUCUUCAGCUUAAGGUGAUGAGCAUGUGCUACUGAGCUUCCCAUACUAAAAUUGCACAAUUUCCACACAUUUGAUUUUGUGCAGUCAAUAAAAUGAUAGAUCACCCAAAAAUUAAAAUUAAAAUGCGAUUUAUUUACCCAAAUGUCAUUCCAAACCUGUAUGACUUACUUUCUUCUGUGGAACACAAAAGAUGAUAUGGUAACACUUUAUUUUGCAGUGUCUAUGUUACUGUAGUAAUAACUAAAUUUUGCAUAAUUACAUGCAACACUAACCCUACAACAAACCUAAUCCUAACCCAAUAGUAAGUACUCAUAGUUAAUAAAUAUUUCUCAGUAUACUGUAACAAGGACAACUUAAAAUAAAGUGUAACCGAAGAUAUUUUGAAAAAUGUCUGUUUUGUCCAUACAUUGAAAGUCAAUGG